UGUAAAUUUUCAUAUGAUCCAGUCUCAGUUCUGACAGCGAUCAGCACAGGUUCCCCACGUUGCAAUGACGAUCAGCGGUCUGAUCUUUUUCGGGCUUUUCCUCAACCUAUCACUUGUUUUGGGCUUAAAUAUUCCUAGCCAUAAUUGCGACAAAUAUGCUUCCUACCAUACAAAUGAUUUUGGGAAGCACAUUGAUGUUAUUAUGGCGCCGCAGACGGGAAACCAUAGUAUUGAGUGGAAGGUGAUCUUCAAUGAUAAUAAUACUGGUCUGCCAUAUUCUUUGAAGGACCAGUAUUUAGGCGAUGGAGAGUCGCGAAAAGCGUUUGUGAGUUUUCAAAACUUUGGCACUCUUCCCAAUCUACUCCGAUUGGAGAUUAACGGAGAAGUGCUUUGCAGCCAUCCGAGCUACGAUGCUUCGUCGAGUGUAAUGACACGAUAUCAUCGCAUACCCAGAGAUACAGAAAUGGACGAAGCCAAGUACAAAAAAUGGCGAGUUCCGCAGAUUCCUUCCAAGUCCUGGGCACUUCGCAAUGCUUCUGGAUAUUAUAUAAAUGGUGUGUUGCAGCCGGAGGAAUCGUCGUCGUCUACUCCAAAGAAUAUCCCUGUUGCUGUCUCGGCACUUGGUCCUGCUGCGUUUCUGAAUUCUACUGGAACAUAUUACGAUGGGGUAUUGCAAACGGAGCGAUCACCUAAUGUUGUGCCCCGAAAGAAUAUCCCUAUUGCUGUCUCGGCACUUGGUCCUGCUGCCUACCUCAAUUCUACUGGAACAUAUUACGAUGGGGUGUUGCAAACGGAGCGAUCACUUAACUUUGUGCCCCGUGUUGUGGGGGACUUUGAUGAGUGUGGAAGAGAGGGCUUCGCCACCUCCCAAAUUGGCGGAGAGGAAUUGACCCGUGGCCAGUACCCCUGGCUGGUUGCUCUAUAUAUCGGCAGACUGACGGUAACAUAUAAGUGCGUGGGAUCGCUAAUCUCAAAACAGACUGUAAUUACGGCAGCACACUGUAUUUUCAACCGGAGUCCGGGGGAAUUGUGGGUAUAUCUGGGUCGGCACGACCGCAGUAUGAACACCGAAACCGAAGCGGAACUGGUCGGAGUUUCUUCUGUGCACACACCGUCGCAGUACAAUGGGAAUCCUGUGCCGGAUGCGGACAUUGGACUUCUGAUUUUGAGUAAGUCAAUAGUUUACACCAGGUACAUUCAACCACUGUGCCUGUGGACUUCGGAUCUUGGAAUACCCAGUAAUGAAGGCGAUUUAGGAGCGGUAGCUGGCUGGGGAGUUGACACGAAUGCUCAGAAGACGCGCUUUCCAAAAUCAGUUUACGUCCAGCUGGUUGAUCGAGAUCGAUGUCGGUACAAAAUGCCGCGAGCCGAGGAUUUUAUAACCGAUCGGACAGUCUGCGCGGGAAACUCACGGGGUCAUGGCCCCUGCUUCGGUGAUUCGGGAGCGGCACUUAUAGUGCUGCGAAAUAACCGUUGGGUUAUACGGGGAGUAGUGUCUUUAUCUCCACGUCUGGGAGUUAUUUGUGAUCUUAGUCAAUACGCCAUUUACUGCGAUGUUUCCACGUAUGUCGACUGGAUUCGUGAGCAUAUGGUGGUGUGAGAGUGCAAAUGGCUUUUCUUUAGCUAAUAAGCGAAUAAGUCGUAUCUGUUGGCUAGCAUUAAUUAUAUAAAUGUUAGAUUCCUGGAUAAAUAUGUUGAUAACAAAAAAUAUUAAUAGAUAGACAUUAAAAUAAUAUAAAAC